CUAUCUUCAACACACAAGGCCGUGGGGCCCCUUCGCAUCAGACCAUUGAACUCCCGUAGCAGCAAUGGAUGUCUUCUUGAUGAUCCGUCGCCACAAAAUGACCAUCUUUGCUGAUGCCAAGGAGACUACCACUGUGCAGGAGCUGAAGAAGAUUGUGGGGGGCAUCCUGAAGAGGCCUCCGGAGGAGCAGCAGCUAUACAAGGAUGACUGGUUGCUGGAGGAUGGUGACAGGACCUUGAUAGAAUGUGGGUUAAGCAGCCAGACUUCCCGUCCCCAUGCGCCAGCCAUGGUGGGCUUGGCCUUAUUCAGAGCCAGUGAGGGCUCCUUUGAGCCAUUGCACAUUGACCCCUUCUCCAGCACCCCUGAGCUGCCUGAUGUUUUGAAGCCUCAAGAUUCUGGCAGCAGCUCUGGCGAGCUGCCCAUGCAGUGA